UCUGCAGCCAUUUUGGCUCAUGCCGGCAGGCCUUCCCCUGCCGUGUCAUGGUGCGGCCGCCAGAUGGCGACACCAGGACCAGCCGUCACGCGACCCGUGCCCCUGUCCCAGCCUCGGCCCUCUAUUACCUACCCUCGAAUGGCUUCGGCGACGGCGCCACGUUUGAGGAUCAGCCGUCUGCGCCGACGAGGUAUUGCAUGUGCCUGAAGUGCGGCCAGGAGCUGUGGGCAGACUCCGCCACCACCUCGGUGGUGGACUGCUUCGCCUGCAGGGCGCCGCUGGCCUCUCCCUCCGGGGGCGGCGGGAAGCUGCCGCUGCCUCAGGCCACGAGCGCCGCCGAUCUCGAGGACGUCUUCCUGGGCACCCUGAGGAAGUCGCGCUCACUGAGGAGGUCGAGUGACCCGAGCCUGCGGAAGGUGGGGCAGAAGAUCGUGUCCCAGACCCCCGCGUCCAAGUCGGGCCUGGGGCAGGACCCCCCCACGCCGUCACAGGUCGAGCCGCCGGCCAGCCUCCACUCUGUCUCCAGAGGCGGGGUGCCGGAGCAGCAGGGCCCUGGGGGCCACCGUCUCGAAGCCUCUGGCGCUGACGGCUUUGGCCUCGGGCCGAGGCGGCAGACGCGCUCAGAGGAUGUGGCCGACGCCGACGGGACGGCCAGCGGGAGACCGAGGAGGCGGGCGGCGGGCAUGCCGAUGCAGUCGCCGAGCACCUCUAGCCUGCUCAGGAUCGGCCAGCCUUUGCUGAAGCCCUCGCCGCCUAUGCCAACCGGGAACCACGUGCUCGACGGCGUGCUCGGCAAGCUCAGCAAGCCGAAGCUCAUGGGGGCGCUCGAUCGUGUGGUGAAGGAGGCGGCGCUCAAGGAAUUCGACCUCGACGGAGACGGCAUCCUCAGCGACGAGGAGAUGGCCAUCGGGCUUCGGAAGCUAGGGGUGUCACUGCUUCCGGCGGAGUUCGACGCGUUCGUCAGGGCACUUGACGUCGACCAGAAGGGCAUGGUGCUCGUCGACGAGCUGCUCUGGAUCGUGUCCUUGUACAGGUCCCACUUCCAGCUGGACCAGAGAUCCGACAGAACGACGGCCGAGCCCCGAGCGGAAGACCCCGACCUCGGGCCGCCGCGGCCGCCGCGGGCCGAGGACGAGGCCGACGCGGGCGGCGCGUCCGGCGCACCCCCCCGCAGGUCGCCGCGCCAGGCCUCGAAGCCGCCGGGCCGCCAGGCGCAGGGUCGCGACCUGCACGCCCCGGCCGCCAGCCCGAGCCGGCGCGAGCCCGAGGCGCGGCGGGAGCUGCCCGGCGAGGCCCACGGCCGCGGCGGCAGGCCGAGGCCCGCGGCGCUCGGGGCGCCGCGGCAGGCGCGGUCGAAGGACGCGCCCGGGGUCGAGGGGGCGGCCGGCGGGACGCCCAGCGGCGACUCCGCGGCAGGCAGGCUGGUGCCGUCGCCGAACGGCUUGAGCUUGCCCAGGAUCGCCCAGCGAGCGUCGCAGCCUUCGCCUCCGACGCCAACUGGGAACGCCACGCUCGACCUCGUGCUCGGCAAGCUCGGCAAGCCGAAGCUGCUGGCGGCCUUCGACCGUAUGGUGAAGGAGCUGGCCACCGGGAAGAAGGCGCUGCAGAAGGCGGUCAGAGAGUUCGACCUCAACGGCGACGGCGUCCUCAGCAAGAACGAGAUGGCCAUCGGGCUCCGAAAGCUGGGGGUCUCAGUGCUUCCGUCGGAGCUCGAUGCGAUCAUGAGGGCACUCGAUGUCGACCAAAAUGGUACAGUAGAGGUCAACGAGUUCGUUGAGGUUAUGCAACUUUACCAGACCCAUGUCAAGCUGGAUCAAGACGCCUGCACGGAGAAGAACGGCAGCCCAAAAUACCUUGGCCCCAAACGCAUGCACCUCUACCCAAGCUAGAGUUCUUGACAUGUGGAAGAGUCCGACUUCAAGAAGGAGUUGGCUACACCCAGAGCUGGAUACUUGGGAGUAUACCACCACACAGGGACCUCGCCAGCAUGCGAUUGACGAUUUUGGAUUUAGAACUUCUGGCUUCUUUCAUGUGAGGACGUUUUCGAUGAAAUCUAUUGCGGGGCACUCGUUUGUCAGGGCAUUCGCCCUGCCCUGAUACGCCCAUACGUCCGUUCCGAACGCGGUGCGUGUCGGCUCCACGUGUUGGCCCACGUUUUGACCAACGUGCCGCGCCAGGCGUACGUUUUCAAUCUGCGUGUUGAGCUCCGCGUCCGCACGCUACGGCCUGCAGUGUUGCGUAUCGGGGCGGCAAGGAGAAAGACGAGCAGCAGGAGGUGUUGUGAAUAAGAGUCAAGCUAUCCAGGAGGGAGGACGUGGAGGAGGAGGGGUGGGAGAUGUUGCGCAGGGGCGGCGCGUAGCAGGGGCGCGCUGCUCACGGGGUGUGCGGCAGCCCGCAGAGCAGCAGCGCUGGCUGCUGCGCUUCAGGGGACCUUGCCGCAUCGGCGGCUGCCGGUUGUGCCUGACCAGACUUGGCGUUCGCGGAG